AGUCUGUCUGCCUGCUUGGAUUGCAAAAGCUUUAUGAUUCGCUCUCUUCUCCUUCCUCUCCCCACCACCGCGGGGCAGAAACCGAAAUCCGUAUUCUGCCAGUAACUCAAAGAGAGCUCUUUCGAUGGAGCCUCGCGUUGGAAAUAAGUUCCGGCUUGGUCGGAAAAUCGGCAGCGGCUCAUUCGGAGAGAUCUAUCUUGGGACUAAUGUUCAGAGUAAUGAAGAGGUGGCCAUUAAGCUUGAGAAUGUAAAGACAAAGCAUCCUCAAUUACUAUACGAGUCAAAGUUGUAUAAAUUGCUACAAGGAGGAACCGGAAUCCCCAAUGUAAAAUGGUUUGGUGUAGAAGGAGACUAUAAUGUACUUGUGAUUGAUUUGCUGGGACCAAGUCUAGAAGAUCUAUUCAAUUUCUGCAGUAGGAAGCUCUCUCUGAAGACUGUUCUUAUGCUUGCUGAUCAGAUGAUAAACCGGGUGGAAUUUGUUCAUACAAAAUCUUUCCUUCAUCGAGAUCUCAAGCCCGAUAACUUCCUUAUGGGGUUAGGAAGGCGUGCAAAUCAGGUCUAUAUUAUUGAUUUUGGGCUGGCUAAGAAGUACAGGGACUCAUCAACACACCAACAUAUUCCAUAUAGAGAAAAUAAAAAUUUGACGGGUACUGCCAGAUAUGCAAGCAUGAACACUCACCUUGGUAUUGAACAAAGCAGGAGGGAUGAUUUGGAAUCACUUGGCUUUGUGCUCAUGUAUUUUUUACGGGGAAGUCUUCCUUGGCAGGGGUUAAAAGCUGGAAACAAAAAACAGAAAUAUGACAAGAUUAGUGAGAAGAAAGUUUCCACAUCUAUAGAGGCUCUGUGUCGGGGAUAUCCUGCAGAAUUCGCUUCUUACUUUCAUUACUGCCGAUCACUUAGAUUUGAGGAUGGUCCUGAUUAUUCUUAUCUCAAGAGAAUCUUCCGUGAACUUUUUAUCCGUGAAGGUUUUCAGUUCGAUUAUGUGUUUGACUGGACCAUUCUUAAAUACCAGCAAUCUCAGCUUGCAAAUCCUCCCUCUCGUGCUCUUGGUGGCAGUGGGCUGAGUUCAGGAAUGCCCCGUGCUGUUGCUAAUAAUGUUGAUAGGCAAGCAACAGGUGGUGAGGAAGGUAAGCAUACUGGAAAUUUGGCACACAGCAGAAGCACUAAUGCUGGGAUCAAACAGAAAGGCCCAACCAAUGACUUGGGCAUGGGCAAAAUGUUGUCAAGUUCAAGUUUCUUCCGAUUGGGUGGAUCGUCAAGGCAAGCGAGCAGCCGUGGUGAUGCUGGGCGUGGGCCCGACCUAUCAUUUACACGUCCAACAGACGUGAGCCCAGAAAUGCUACACAAAAUGUCAAGCACCGCCGCGCAGAAGAGCUCCUCCCCUCACAUCCCAUCUUCUGAUCACAAGCGAAACUCCUCAACAAGUAAAACCAAUAUUAAAAAUUUCGAUUCCACCCUUAAAGGUAUAGAGGGCCUCAGCCUCAGCAAUUGACACACAACACACACAAAUUGCACCACCACCCCACCACCACCCGCUACGUCUUUUCUUUUUGGUUUUUUUCAUUUCUUUCGAUAUAUUUUGGUUAUUUGCCCCCCGGGUCGAGGGCCUGCUUUGAAGAAGAAGUAUCAAGUAUGAAUGAAGAAGACGGUACGUAACUCCAGCAAGAACAGCAAUAAAGAUGCCUAUAAGGUUGCUAACACAGAAACAAAAAAAACCCCAUCCAUCCAUCAUCAUCUGCAUAUAUAUUAUUAUGAACUGUCCCGUUUAUAUAAGUUGCUUCAUUUGUUUGGAUUCGAAAGCUUUUUCGUCUUAUGUUUCUUCUUUUUUUGUUCCCUUUUUGUUUGUAUGAUAGAUUUCUUGUAUGGAAUGCCAGAGUGAGAGGCGUUAUUAUAUCAUAAUGUGUAUAAAUUACUCGAAUCGGU